AGCGGUGGCUACCGUUACCGUUACACUCUAUAUAAACAUAUCCUACAACACCGUUACGCUUUCUGACACACCACAUUCGUAGAUCUAUACUAACUGAAAAGAUGGGGCUACUCUCCGAGGGAUCCCCUCUAAGCUGGGAGGAAACCAAGAAACACGCGGACCAUGUGAGGAAGCAUGGCAUUCGACAGUUUAUAAAUCUCUACAGAAAACUGAAGGAUAUCAAAAAGGACGUGCUUUACUGGGGAGAUGAGGUUGAGUACAUGCUGGUUAAGUUUGAUGACGAGAAGAAGACGGCAAGACUACGACUGGAUGCUGAUCGUGUUCUAGCUAUACUGCAACAACAAGAAAAGGACACACCUCAUGAUCAUCCAACAACAUGGCGACCAGAGUAUGCCUCAUACAUGGUGGAGGGUACCCCCGGUAAACCCUAUGGUGGACUCUUUGCUCACUUCAAUGUGGUGGAGGCCAACAUGAAACUGAGGAGAGAAGAAAUCCAGAAAUGCCUUGGAACAAAUGAAGUCCCUCUCAGUUUGACUUCAUAUCCAAGGACUGGAUGUGGUGUGUUUUCCGAUCCACCCACUCAACCCGACCCUGUCAAUGGUGCCUCACGCUCACUAUUCUAUCCUGACCAAGUUGUCUACCUUGGACAUCCACGCUUCCUAACAUUGACAAGAAAUAUCCGAGAAAGACGCGAGGAGAAAGUGUGCAUCAAUAUUCCAGUGUUCAAGGAUACCAAUACCAAGUCACCAUUUGUAGAGGAUUAUCUCCCCCUGAAUGAUGAUGGAGAGGGAGCUGCAGCAGCACGGCCAGACCAUAUUUACAUGGACUGUAUGGGUUUUGGGAUGGGCUGUUCCUGCCUCCAGGUUACCUUCCAAGCCUGCAACAUUAAUGAGGCACGACACCUGUACGACCAACUCACUCCGCUCUGUCCAAUACUGCUGGCCCUGAGUGCAGCCUCACCAGUGUACAGAGGCCACUUGUCAGAUAUAGAUGCUCGGUGGACUGUCAUCUCACAGUCCGUAGAUGAUCGCACUAAGGAGGAGAGAGGGGAAAAGGAGUUAAAACAUAACAAAUGCCGCAUCCCAAAGUCACGGUACGAUAGUAUCGACAGCUAUUUAAACGAAGUUAAUGAGCCAUACAAUGAUGUUGAUCUGUGUAUAGACCAAGAACUUUGUAACCAGCUGAUGGAAGCAGGUAUAGAUCGGACAUUGUCUCGACACAUAGCACAUCUGUUUAUACGCGAUCCAAUUUCCCUAUUCAGUGAGAAGAUCAACCAGGAUGAUAGUACAGACACGGACCACUUUGAGAACAUUCAGUCAACAAAUUGGCAGACAAUGCGAUUCAAGCCUCCCCCUCCAAACAGUGAUAUUGGCUGGAGAGUUGAGUUCAGGCCCAUGGAAGUCCAACUGUCUGACUUUGAGAAUGCUGCUUAUGUAGUAUUUAUAGUACUACUGACCAGAGUCAUCUUGACAUACAAUCUUAACCUAGUAAUACCUAUCUCAAAGGUAGACGAGAAUAUGAAGACAGCCCAUCAGAGGGAUGCAGUGUUGGAUGGCAAAUUCCACUUUAGAAAGGAACUUUUCACAAUGUGCUCCCCUGAGGAGAUUGCCCAGUGCAUGGCCAAGGGCUGCCCCCGCAAGAAGUGUGAUUGUAUGGAUGACGAGUAUCAACAAAUGUCAAUAAAUGAAAUCAUCAAUGGCAAUGGUGAAUUCCCUGGUCUGAUUCCUCUGAUCGAGAAGUAUAUUGCUAAUGUAGACACAGACGUAGAUACCUGCUGUACAUUGUCAAACUACCUCAAGUUCAUCUCAAAGAAGGCGUCGGGAGAACUGAAGACAACAUCAAAAUGGAUCCGUGAGUUUAUACGGGGCCACCCUGACUACAAAUUUGAUUCUGUUGUGCCAGAAACAAUAAAUUAUGACUUGAUGAAGCUGUGUUCGAGUAUAUCGACAGGUGAGAUGUUGUCGCCGCUGAUUCAGCAGACUGUGUCAUCGAAAACCUCAGACAACAUUCCAACGGCUAUGUCAAAAGCUGAGGGCUAUCUCAACCAGAAAAAUCCCAGGGCUCGCACAUCCAACGGCCUGCCACCUUAAGUGCAAUGGUCAGAAAUGUCAAGCUACAUUUGUGACAUGAACACAUUUUUUCAUGAAAAUGAUUCAUGCAAAGUUGUUGGCUUUUGAAUUAUUUAUCUCUAUAAUAGUAGGUACUUUGUUCUUUAAAGGGUGUGGUGUGCCUUUGAACAUGUGAUUUUAACUCUUGACUUGCUCGAAAAUAAACUUAUUAAGUGGAUCAAA